UGUGUACAACCCUAUUCACAUAUAGAUAGCCGUGGAUUGUAUCCCACUCACUUAUUCUAAUCUUAAAUAGGUUACGUUUAUUUGAUCAAAUACAGCUAGGUGUAAAAUGGAUGAAGUUAAUAUAGCAGGUCUUGUUUCUGUGAUAAUCUUUUACGUGUUAAUUCUUGGAAUUGGAAUCUUUGCUGCAAGAAAAGCAGCUAAUGCGACAACCACAGAUGUGUUGGUUGCUGGGAGAGACAUGGGAUGGAUAGUUUCCUUCUUUACUCUGACAGCUUCACAGGUUGGAGGAGCGUAUAUUAAUGGAACGGCAGAAAUCAUGGCGUCAAGUGGAUUGGUCUGGGCACAAGCACCACUGGGUUAUUGUAUUGCUAUGAUAAUAGCCGGUAAUGUGUAUGCCCCACGGAUGAGAAGAGCUGGUUACGUCACACUAUUUGACCCCUUCCAGAUAAAGCUUGGUAAUAAGGUUGGAACCUUGAUGUGUUUCCCACAGUUCUUGGGUGACAUUUUCUGGACAGCGGCCAUAUUGUCUGCACUUGGUUCGACAGUAUCUAUUAUUUUAUCUAUAGACCGAACUAUAUCUAUUAUAAGUUCAGCAUGUGUAGCUGUAUUCUAUACAUUACUGGGUGGAUUAUGGUCUGUAGCAUAUACUGAUGUUGUACAACUUAUAUGUAUCGCCAUUGGUCUUGUAGUAGCUGUACCAUUUGCCAUGACUCACGAAUCUGUCGAUCUGGACAGGAUUGACAAUACGUGGAAGGGUGAGAUACAAACUCCACACAUAGGACUUUAUAUAGAUGUUUGUUUUUUACUUGUGUUUGGUGGUAUACCAUGGCAGGAAUUUUUCCAAAGAGCACUGGCCUGUAAAACCGUCCAACGAGCAAGAAUUUCCGCAUUAGUUGGAAGUUUUGGGAUGAUACUUUUCGCCAUCCCAUCAGCUUUAAUGGGGGUGGCAGGAUCAGCUGCAGACUGGAACCAGACCGCUUAUAAUGGAACUAUACCAAUACCACCAGAAAAGAUGAGUUAUAUCUUACCAUUAGUUUUACAAUAUCUCUGUCCUCUACCUGUUUCCAUUAUUGGUAUGGGCGCCAUUGCUGCUGCUGUCAUGUCGUCUGCGGACUCGGGCAUUUUAUCAUCCGCUUCAGUUUUUACUAAAAACAUUUAUGUCCAAUUAAUUAGAACGAAGGCAUCUGAUAGAGAAGUCAUAUGGGUCCUUCGUAUAGCGGUUGUUGUUUCUGGAGCCUUGGGUACGGCGCUUGCCCUAAGUGCCAAUAGUGUGUAUGGUUUGUAUAUCAUGUGUGGAGAUCUGAUGUACGUCAUCCUCUUCCCGCAGUUCACAUGCGUUCUGUUUUUAGAAGUAACCAAUGGUUACGGAUCCAUAGUUGGAUUCUUCUUGAGUUGCAUUCUAAGAAUUUUGGGAGGAGAGCCAUACCUUGGUCUGGAGCCGAUUAUUAAAUAUCCGUUUUAUACAGAUGAAUUUGGACAAAAUUUCCCUUUCCGUACUUUAAUUAUGAUUUGUAGUUUUAUCGCUAUUAUUUCAGUGUCUAAACUAACCGAGGUGUUGUUCAAAGGACAGUACCUACCUCAAAAACUUGAUAUCCUCGGUUGUGCUGACCCAGACUAUAGAACACGGCUGCGGAUACCUUCCGAUGACAGGAAAGAACACGAAAUGCAAGAAUUAAACCCAGCCGUUUUGUAUGAUCAUAAAAAUAUGAGCGAUUCACUUUUACGAAAAGGACAAUAGAUUAGUGAUAUCACACUAAGUAUACUGUUCAAUAAUUCAACCAUGCUUAUUAAUGGACGUCUUCAUUAGCACAGAUGGUGCAGAACUGUGGGACGUUAAGCCCCGUUUCAUUUCAUUUAUUUGACAAAUAAAUUUAUUUUCGUUCAGUAUUAGCCUGAAACAGCUGAUCCCUUCCCUAGCCCUAUUUCUUUUUGGUGGCUAUGUUUUGUCGAUCAUUUAGUGUUGCGCUGUCUAUUUCAUUCUAACAUUUUAUACUAUACAGUUUCCCACUAUCACGAUUCGUGGUGUGAUCGAAAUCGUAGUUUUAAUCGUGGAGUAAUCGUUGUGAUCUUAGGUCUUAUCAUAUAUUUUAAUUAUUUUUUGUAUUUAGGCCUACCUUUUAAAGGAGCUAAGCCUCUAACUCAAUAUUUUCCUGCAUAUUUGAAAUUAAAAACACGAAUUAGAAUUCAAUAUUGAUCAAUUUCAAUCAAUAUUGAUAUUGUUAUCUUGCUGUGAAACUAUAGCAUCCUAAUAUCCAAUAUUUAAGACACAAUACAUGUGCUUUGUAACCAGUGCACGAGUUGUGUGUGUACCCUGUGGUUUCGGGAGCCAUUUUGUAUGCACAAAUAAAAACAUAACCUACAACACAAUAUGGAAGUAAUUAGUAACGGCUGAUUCACUAACGACAAA